AUGCUUAUAGGACCGUUGAAGCCGCCGCAAAUAUCUCGAGUACCGCUAGCUGACAAAAGUGAGGGAAAAGAUCAGCCUUCAAACGAUGAAGUAUUACAGACGCUACAUUUGCCUUAUUGCAACUGUCUAGUAGUCCUGACGAAAUGGAAAGUGCUCAUAUACAACUACAAACCAAUGGCAUUGGUUUCUUCUUUUAAGCGCAGUCAAAACUCCAUUGAGAGCUAUGGAGAGAGUAAAAAGCUUUAUGCGGACUCUGCUAACACUAAUCUAUUUGAAGGUGUUAUGAAACAAACUGACUUGAGGUACGUAGGGUCUCAAAAAGGUAAAGUUACAUUUUAUAUGGUAUCGAGUACCAAUUUCGUCUUCGUCUUUCAACUUCUCCUGAACUCCAAUCCGGUUAGCACUUUUAAAGAGGUUGGAAUCCCGAUUAUUGACAUUAACAAAAUUGACCAUGAUUUUGGGCAAGAGCUGAUGAAUGAUGUAGAGGAUGACGAGACGCUAACGGUCUUUGACAAAAACGAUUCUCAUAGGGUUAUUCAAAAUGGCUACGCAGUUGAAAAGCAACGUGGCUUUCUGCAAUUUUUGACAAGGACUAGCGAUACCGUGGAUGAAAUUCCAAUUAAGAGAAUGGAAUUGCGGCUCAAAGUCAUGUUUAACUUCGGACGGACGAUAUUGGACUUAGCAGGCAUCUGCGAGCCUAACACCGGUGACGAAGUAAGCAAACGAGAGCAUAUGAUGAUACUCCUUCCUCAUCGAGUUCAUAUUAUGAAGUUUCAAGAUUUCAAAGUGCAGGAUAACAUAUUUAUCGACAUAUCCGAUGGUAUCCGUCUGUUAUAUGUGAAAGAGUCUGCCUGUGUCAUUUCACAAACCGCAGAGCUACAAGUUUACUUAAAUUAUAUUGACAUUGGUCAAAAAAACGUCACCACACAGAAACUCAGCGUUCAAAAGGAAGAGUUGUUACAAGAUGUUCUCAUCAAUGGUAACAUUCUCUCAUUGGUUUACGAAUCUGACGUGAUCAUCUACGACCUUGAAAAGGACUUCGUAAUUAAGCGGGUUACUACGAGGACCAAGUUAAGCUGCUUUGGGCAGAUCAGAGAUGACGCUAAGUUACUGGUGACCGGACAAGGGUUCAAGCUGCUUACUAAUCGAGGAAGUUGCAUCGUGUCCACCAUGGACGAUGAUGAUACGACCUCUGAGGAACAUGAAGUCUCUCUCUUUACAAGUUUUGCAGCAGUCGGCGGUUCCCUCGUUAUGUCAUCGCCAGAUGGCCAAUUAUCGAGGUGGGAUCUGUGGUUUGAAAUGCCUUCAUCUUUUACUGAUGUGAGGUAUACUAAACCGCUUAUCCUGCUGAAUGAUAAUAACGAUAUCUUGAUUUUCGCACCUACAUCCGAUUCCUCGGCAAAUAUUCCAUUCCAGACCCUAAAACUUCCAACUCAAACCAUCAACAACUGCAUUUCUUUGAUAAAGGCCAAUGGUCCCCUCACGAUGCUAGCUGUACUGGUAUCAAACAAAAACAUCCUUCUGAUACACAAUAUGGUGGAAAAUACAUGGCACAGUUUUUCAGAUUUGGCGCUAGUAGAUAUGUGGUGGCUGGGAAACGACUACUUAUUUUGUCAUUCGCUGGACGAAGACAUGAAUGAACAGCUGCGUUGCUACCACUUUCCAGCAGACAAGGGCUUUAGCUCAGAUAUUCGCGAACAGCUAAUUUGGGAACACGCGAUUUCUGCGAAAACAAGCCUCAGAAGUAUACAUGUGAACACACUUUCUAGAUACAAGCUUCUGAGACUGAAAUCUAAAAACCAGUCCUAUAGUAGCGCCGAAAAUAUGUUCAAAACUGCCGAAAUCCUGAUUCAGUCAGACGAAGAUUUGCGGACGAUUGAUGUGAUCUCCAAAGUCAACGCAGAUGAGACAGUGAAUAUCAAGGUAUUUCAUCAGCACCCGGCAGAAAAAAUGUUCGAUGGUCGGAAGGAUGCGUGCAACUGGAUACUGAGCGUCAAUGGAGGAUAUCUUGCUCAAUGUCGUGACGAGAUUAUCAAGUGGGAACGAGUCGACGAAAGGGGUUGGCUGUUCUGUGUGGUGCUGGCUGGAGUAGAACGGACUUUAGACGUGGUGGAGACGGAUAUAUACCUGAUCAAGGACAAUGAAGUCGUGAUUUACUCGCUUGAGGACCUUUGGGAAAGUCAGGCUCCCAUGGCGACGGUCGAGAUGGCCGAAGGCGAUUAUCCCGCUGUCAUAUCGCCAGACGCAGCUAUCAUUCACAGUAUCCAAUUUGUUCUCGCACGCGAGGUUUGGAAACUUAUUCCACGGCAAGCCAUUUAUCUGGAUCAGCUCAUAGAACAUCAUUUAGCUGCGGGUGUUAGCUGCCAGGAGAUUGAUGCCCGCUACCGAUCUUUGCUGCACUACAAAUUCAGUCUGGAGAAAAUUCUAUCUGGCAAGGUGUUGACCAAUGACUCACUCGUGAAUAUUAUCAGCCUGAUCGAGUUCUAUGAUCAGGGCCCUAAGCAUAGCGGUCGAUUGGAGAUUAUCAGCAAUUGUCUGCGCAAGAUUGAGAUCGAGCAUUGGGAUUAUUUGUUCACAAAGCUGAAACUGACCCCACGAGAUCUUCUUUUGCAAUGCAUAGAACAAGAUGAAGCACGCGUGCUUGGUGUCUUGCUGAUGGUGUUCUUGAACUACGACGUCAGCAAAAAAAGCCGAACUGCUCAUGCCAGUCCUUCCAGUAAGCAAGAUAGCAAGGAAGGAGACAUGAACAAGGGAGCUUUGGAAAAAGGAUCGGUGUCCACAGUUCUCAAUGACGAAGAUCUGAUGCUUCAAGUGCUGCGGUUACUGGUCCACACCGCCGCCGCUUCCGAAGUCCGCGAAGAGGCUCGCGAAUUCUGGGAUAUGAGCUUCCAGCUAGUACGCUUCAUUCACGCCCUGGACAACGAAAAUCACACUUCACUAAUCCAACGAGCUAUUGAAAUAAUAGGUUAG